UGACCACCGGUAGCACGCAGUCAUCUUCAUCCCAAGCAAACAGCCAGAGCAGCAAGGCAAUCUCGCUUCUGCAAGCAAGAGCCAUCACCUAGCUAGCAACAAGCUUCCCUUCUCGCGAUUUGCUGCAGCUCAAUUAGUUGCGCCGGACACGUACUUAUACGCCAUGACGAAGGACGUCGUGGUCGAGCACGGCGAGAGCUCCAAGGCGCCCCUUGUGGCGGCGGCGGGCGUCGGCCGCGCCGUGUCCUUCGCCGACAUCUUCCUCCGGUUCCUCGCCAUCAUCGGCACCAUCGGCAGCGCCAUCUCCAUGGGCACCACUAACGAGACCCUCCCCUUCUUCACGCAGUUCAUCCAGUUCGAGGCCAAGUACAGCGACCUGCCGUCCUUCACGUUCUUCGUGGCGGCCAACGCGGUGGUGUGCACGUACCUCGUGCUGUCCAUCCCGCUGUCCAUCGUGCACAUCAUCAGGCCCAGGGCGCGCUACAGCCGUCUGAUCCUCAUCUUCUUGGACGCGUCGAUGCUGACCCUGCUGACGGCCGGCGCGUCGGCGGCGGCGGCGAUCGUGUACCUGGCGCACAAGGGCAACGUGCGGGCCAACUGGUUCUCCAUCUGCCAGCAGUUCGACUCUUUCUGCGAGCGCAUCUCGGGCUCGCUCAUCGGCUCCUUCGCCGCCAUGGUCCUGCUUAUAGUGCUCAUCUUCCUCUCCGCCUUCGCGCUCGCCAGGCGCCACUGAUCGGUCGAGCACAAUCAGGCAACCGCCCCUGGACAUCCCAACGAAGAUGAAAGGGUCGUGCAUGCACCUGCUUCUCUAGUGUGGUUUCUUUUCCACGGUUGUUCUUCGUUUGCUCUUCCUCUUUGAUCUGAAUUGCUAGCUCUCUUUGUAACUGUCCCCUUCCAGUGUGGUCCUCCAACUAUAAAGGACGAGUCGAAUUCAGAUUUCUAGUGUGAUGACAAUGGUCGAAAACAAAGGGAAAUUUGUGAA